UGUAAUCAUGGCGGAAAGUAAAGACUUCAGUUUUAACAUCAUAGUGAUAGCAGGAGAACCCGCUACGGGAAAGUCAGUUUUUAUUUACAGAUUCGCCGCCAACACCUACAAGUUAUUAGGUCAUACAAUAGGUUGUGGUUAUUAUGAAAAGUCUAUAUCUGUAGAUAAAACUAAAGUGAUGCUUAACAUAUGGGAUACAAACAGCUUAGGGGAAACCCGGUCGUUAUUGCCAGUGUAUCUUUUUGGUGCCGAGGGCAUUAUAUUGACCUAUGACAUUCAAAGCCAAAAAUCCUUCCUGAGUGCAAGUGAGAUGAUUCCAAUUAUCAAUCAAAAUUGUAAUAAAGAAGUAAACAGAGUAUUCGUAGGGUUAAAAUGUGAUCUUAGACAUAACCGAGCAGUUCUACAGGAGGAUGCCCAAGAGUUUGCAGACAAACAUAAUAUGAAAUAUAUGGAAGCCAGUGCAUUUACAGGAGAAAACGUUGAAGACGUUUUUUGUUCCUUAGCGGAAGAUAUAAAACGAAGACUAAAACAAGAGAUGGAAUCAAGAGAUCGAGCUAGGAAAGCAAACAAAAAAUCAAGAUUUAAUCCAGUGAAGUUAAGAAAGCAAUCAAAUUUAACCCGAAGUCCACACAUUUCAGGGACAGCAAACCAGCAAACAGUAAAGGAAGUAAAUGAUGAGUUGGAGUUGCUGGGGCUAGAAACAACUGAAGAUUUACAAGAAAUAAUGAAGCUUGGAACAUAUCGUUGCUAUGGGAACAGAAUAUUUCUCGUUGGGCAGUUUUUUGUAGGAAAGACUACGCUAGCGAAGGUCCUUAUAGGUGAGGAAUUUCCAAAACAGCGUGGAGCUACGGAUGGAAUUUGGAUUCACAUAGGAAAGGCUGGAAUGAAUCUCGAUGACAAGAAAUGGCUUUGUUUGCCUCAAGGCAGUACGAAUUUGGAUAUUGUUGCCGGAAUGCUAAUGUCAUUGCAGAAGCAAGAUAGGGAAGGAAUGCAGGCUGGAGAACAAUGUUUAAAUUCGGUUGAGUCUACUGAACAGCCUAUAUGUUACAAGGUAGAAAAAGAAAUGCAUAUUGCUAACGAUAAACCGAAAGAAUCCCAAACAAUACAACCGUCUUCAGAAAUUCCUGUAAUAGAUGAGAGAUAUGCAAAAUCGUCAGUUUCACCGGAAUCUGUAAAAACGACGUCAUAUGACGUGCCAAACAAACAACUACAAUUCCGGAACUUAUUGUCAAGCAAUAUCCCGCAACGAAAAUUGAAACAUCUUAUCUUCAAAGCAAUUAAAGAAGGAAAGUACAAGCAGAAUAUAGUCUUUUUUGAUAUCUGGGAUUUUGGUGGUCAGAAGGAAUUCUACAUGACACAUCAGCUCUUUAUAACUAGUCGUGGAAUAUUUGUGUUGAUGUUUAAUGCUUGUCAUAGUCUUCGCUUAGAGUAUGAUUCCUCAAUAGCUAGCCAUCGGGAGCCAUCGGCAGCAGUUUACUUAGUACAUUGGGUGAAUUCAAUAUUGACUUACUGCAAGAAGAGCAUUGAAGGAUUUCCUCGAAUUUUGUUGGUUGCAACGCAUAAAGAUAGAAUUCAAAAGGAUAAAAUUGAAUCGUGCCGAGAGAAGUUGAUUGAAUCACUUUAUCAACUGUUCAAAUCACACGCAGGUCUUCCUCAUUUGGAAUACAAGCCUCUGAUUUUCAUAAACGCCACCGAUAUCAACGACCCAGAAAUAGAUCUUCUUCGUCAACGUCUGAUUGAAAGAGCCUCUGAUCACCCUAGAUGGGGCGAAGAAAUGCCAACCGCAUGGGUUCCAUUAGAGUUACAGAUAGCUGAACAGGUGGAACUCGGCAAACAUAUCAUCUCCAAACAGCAGUUACAGGAUCUCAACACCAAAAAUGAAUCAAUAGUGUUGUCAGAGAAGCAGCUAGACACCUUCCUGAAAGUCCAACAUUCACUUGGCAAGUUGCUUUUCUUUGAUGAGGUCAACCUUCGUGACUAUAUCAUCAUUAAUCCUGUUUUCCUGAUCGAAGUUCUGAGAUCAAUUAUAACAGACAAGCAGUUUUGGCCAAAAGAAGAAAAAAUGGUAAAGAUCUUCCGGUCUUUGCAGGACACUGGUAGAAUAGAAAGGAUGGACAUGUAUGCCUUAUGGAACCAGGAAGCAUUCAAACAGAUAGUACCGUAUAGAGAAUUUAUGAUAAACAUUUUAGUGUACCUGGACAUACUUGUUCCUCCACAAAAUCUCACAGAAGAUGACUAUCACUCACCACUAGUUUCUUGUUAUUUCCUUGUGCCUUGUAUGAUACGAAAGCAUGAUAACACAAAAUAUAUGACAAGAAGAUGCAGCUCUAAGAAUUCAAUCAUCAUGGCCUACAGAUUUGUUGAAGAGGUGAUACCUCCUGCAUUGAUCUAUCGUUUUCUUGCCUCGUUGGUUACUAUGUGGGAAGUAAAAACCUAUAAAGGGUCAAGCAUGGCGUUUUCCAACCUUGCAGUUGUUGAGGUCGACGAGAACCAUGAUGUAGCAGUCCAGGUAAAAGGCAAAAGAAUCGUUGUUUUGCUCAUUCAUACUGAAGAUGUUGCACAUAUCGUACCAACGUUAGCUUCUUCUGUUCAAGAAUGUCUUACGGCUGCUGUGCAUCGGAUAUCAGAAUUCUAUUCCCUGUUGUCAGAGGAUGGAGAUCCAAAUGCAAAAUACUCAACGCCAUUUGAAAUAGAUUUCGGAGUAAUCUGUGAAAGUCUUUUCCGCAAAUCCGUGUGCUUUUUUCCACAUAGGGAUAUGCCAACUACAGGAAGAUGUACAUGGGUUUGUCCACAUGGCACACCUCACGAGGUGAAACAACUUUCCAUGUGGUUUGCUGAAAAGGUUUCCUGUGAAAAAUGUGAAGAAAAUUGUGAAGGUCUUGGAAGACUCGAACUAGAGCAAUGUCCUCUUGAAAAACAUAUACUAAGACUUGUUGCAGAAAUAGAACCAUACAAAUGCAGAGAUGUUAUUGUUAACCUAGGGGUUACAGUUAAUACAUGGGAAAAUCUAGAAUAUCAGUUCCAACAUCAAAAUCCAAAUGAUCUGAAAUUCAUGGCUGUUCUCAAAUGGAAGGAGGAAAACAAAGAUGCUUCAUUUUCAAAACUGCAAAAAGCACUUGAAAAUUGUCAAAUCAACAAACACAUUCUAUGUCAGAUUUUGAGAGACAGUGAUCCACAUUCUGGUAUUCCCAAAGACUGUUUAGAGAAGAUACCAUCAAUGUCAGUGCUGAGAUAUAUAUCCAAUCAUAUUGGAGACAGCUCGUUACAACUUGGUAUAGAACUUGGCCUUGAUAUCUCAGAAAUAAAGCAUAUCCAGCAUCAAUUCAGAGAUAAAUUACUGGAUCAAACAAGGGAAAUUUUGCGAUGUUGGAAACAGAAUCAUUCAAAACCAACAGUUGAAAAUUUAGUCAAAGCUUUGUUUAGAGUUGGGAAAGCAAGCUGUCUGAAGGGUGUCCAUUUUUGAUUCACAUAAAAGGUUUCACAAAAUUCAUGGAUUCUGUUUGAUAAUACAUUCAAAUGACACUUAAAUGAAGUUUGUUUGGUCUGAUAUAACUCCGAGUAUCAAAUGACACUUUAAUAAAGUUUGUUUGGUCUGAUAUAACUCCGAGUAUCAAAUGACACUUUAAUAAAGUUUGUUUGGUCUGAUAUAACUCCGAGUAUCAACUGUCAGUAAAAAUAAUUGUUUCCUUUACGUUUUUGUAUAAUAUUUGUGUCAUGUUGCGAACAGUUAAUACUUGUUAAUGUAUGUUCCCUUAUAAAAAGUUCUUUCAGGCAAAAUAAUUAAAUUCGAUAACUAUGUAGCAGCAUUUAAGUCUGAUUCUAAUUUGGCACUUUUUUCAUGACAUGCUUUAAAGAAUUUUUAUAGUUAUUGUUUAUCACUCUCAGCGUACUCGCAUUUCGUUUCCUUCGAUUGGAAUUAUUGUUCACUUUCUUUAAUCUUUCAUAAAGGAAACAGCAGUACAAACUGCAGACAGCUAAUUAUCAAUCAGUUCCUUUGCUUUCAAAUUUUUCUAAAAAACCUUUAUUGAUUGCCAAAAAUCAUGGCACGUCACUUAAAACUAUUUGAAUUUAAGUAAUCUUAUUAAAAUACAUAAGCUAGAGUUCAGGAUUUUCUUGAUACAAGUAAAUUGGAAUAAAAUCCCAGUUGAAAGGAUACCAAUCUAAUACCCAUGCAUGUACCAAAAUGAAAAUUAUGUAAAAGUGCUUGAAUUUGUAGUACAUUCAAUGAUUAUUAAUCAAUUUCUUUGAAACUUCAUGUGAUAAUAAAAUGUAUAUAGUGAG